ACAUAAUCAUGCUGCACGGACAAUGUGUAGUCCAUCAUUUGACUGUGGACCGAGUACAUCAAGACAAAAUUGUCAAAAUAUGAUUGAACGUUAUGAGGAGCAAACAAGAAAUGGUCUUGAACCUUUAGAAUUUCCAACCGAUACUGAUGAGCAUCAAACGUUAAAACACACUGUAUUGUUGAUCAUUUUAUUAUGUUCAAUGUUUGUGAGUUUAUCCGUAUCAAUUUGGACGCUUGUCAUGGAGGGCAUGUCUGGAAUUUAUUUGGAAUUAAGUUUUUUGGAGGCUUUCUUAAACUUCGGACAAAGUUUAAUUGUCUUAGCUGUAUUCUUGACCGAUACUGGCGAGUUUCUUAUGCCAAUUGUUAAAUUUUGGCGUAAAUUAUGGUAUGGUGCAAAUGUACUUACUUUGCCACACUGGUCGACUCUCAGUUCAACAACGAAACAUAUAUGCGAACAAUUUCGUAAUCAUCAUUUGGAAAAUUGCAAGAAGGAACUUGCAAAGGACAGAAGGUGGCGUAUUAGAGUUUAUCGUCAAGUAUUCUAUGGUUGCGAUUUUGUCGAUUGGUUAAUUGAAGUAGGCUUAUCCAAAGAUCGUUUAGAAGCAGUACAUUAUGCAAAACAUUUGGUGGAUGGUCGAGUGCUUCGUCAUAUAAAUAAUGUAUAUCACUUUGAAGACAAAAAGUUACUUUACAAUUUUUGCAGUCGUAUUUAAGCAGUUCAAGUGUAUCUAUAAUUCAUCGAUAAUGUUUUAAAAAAGGUGUAUAACUUUUAUAUUGUAAUUAUGUUAUCUGUUGCAGUUAUAUAAACAAAGUUAAUUGUACUGCAAAAUAUUUUUGAAACUAUUAGUUAAGUGUCGUGCUGUGAUCUUUAACGAAAAAGUUAUAUGCGUAGACAGCCAUUUACGCAGAUAACUUUAAUGAUACAUUUU